UCGUCAUGGAGCCGAGCCAAAGGGUAGUGGGCGGUCCCUCACCGGCUUCCCCCUGAUUGGUCGAGCAUUCAGCGCUUCCUUUCCUCGUCGAUGAGCCCAUAGGGGUUGAUUAAUGCUGAAGCUGUUAGUGCCUUACCAGCGCUGCGCCUACCACAGGAUGGCAACACUUUCACAGACAAAGGAACUAUUCCGGAGAGCAGAAGCGGUCUGUUUCGAUGUGGACAGCACAGUCAUAAAAGAAGAAGGCAUCGAUGAACUUGCCAAAUUUUGUGGUGUGGGGGAUGCGGUCACCGAAAUGACUCGCAAAGCUAUGGGUGGCUCCAUGACAUUUAAAACAGCGCUGACUGAGCGGCUUUCCAUCAUCCGAUGUUCAAGGGAACAAGUGAACAAACUGAUAACGGACCACCCGCCUCAGCUGACUCCAGGUAUCAAGGAGCUCGUAGACCGUCUGCACCAGCGCAACAUGAAGGUGUUCCUCAUCUCAGGUGGCUUCCGCUGCAUUGUUGAACACGUGGCCGCUCAGCUCAACAUCCCUCUGCACCACGUCUACGCCAACCGGCUCAAGUUCUACUUCAACGGGGAGUAUGCCGGCUUUGAUGAGAGUCAGCCCACAGCUGAGAGUGGCGGAAAGGGGAAGGUCAUCAGCAUGCUGAAGGAACAACACGGCUUCAAGACUGUGGUGAUGAUUGGAGACGGAGCCACCGACCUGGAGGCAUGUCCCCCUGCUAGCGCCUUCAUUGGAUUUGGAGGGAAUGUGACCCGGCAGCAGGUGAAGGAGCGGGCUUUGUGGUACGUGACGAGUUUCGACGAACUGCUAAAGGAACUGGAAAAGAUUUAAAGAAGCUAAUGGAGUACUGUUACGAAUUUUUAACAUUUUAUAUUUGCACCUAAGGGUGUGCCUCUUUAUGGUUUUAUAAAGUGCACAGAUUUCCUUUGACCCUCAAUAGAUUUUUUUUUAUAUAAUGAAUGGAAAUGUUUACACUAAUGAGACCAAUCUUACCUUCAUGGGGAUGUUUUCCUAGUGAUUUUUAUACUAGAAGAUACUAAACGAGUAACCAAAUACUGUCUAUAUGGAAGUUCAGAAGAUGAUAUUUAGAUGUUUUUUGCACAGUUUGCAUCAAAACCUUUAGGUAAGCUAAUACAACUCCUGCAUAUUAUGGCAUGUGCAAUGAGUAAUAGAAGUGUUUUAAUUCUGUAUGGACAUUAAGAGCUGUAACCAGACAUGUCUGUGAGUGUGGCGACUUCUGUCCUGUGGAGAACAUCAGCAUUAAACAUGAGAACGUGCUGUCAAA